CGCUAACUUCGUCCCCAGGGAUCGGUGGGGGCGGGGGUGGGCGAAGUUCUCCUCCCCUGGAGCUCACCUCCCCCUCCGGGGCCGCCCCUCCCCCGCCCUCCCAUGGCACCGCUCUCAGAGCAUCCUCACUCCGCCCAGUUCGGUGCCAGCUGCGUGGGCUCUAGCUUCGUGCGUUUUCCUUGGAAUGCUCCAAAACUCGGCAGCGACUAAGGAAAUCCCAUUGGAUUUGGCCGGGCGUGCUCUCCCUGGGCAUAGCACCCGCACCGCAUGUCCUUGGAUCGAUCGCUCUUCAGCCAGAAGAUUGCCAACUUUGCAGAGACAAGGAAAUAGCAUGGCAUGAAACAUGGCUCAGUUCUAUUACAAAAGAAAUGUGAAUGCCCCCUACAGAGAUCGCAUCCCUCUAAGGAUAGUCCGAGCAGAAUCCGAACUCUCACCAUCAGAAAAAGCCUACUUAAAUGCUGUGGAAAAGGGAGAUUAUGCAAGUGUCAAGAAAUCCCUGGAGGAAGCUGAAAUUUAUUUUAAAAUCAAUAUUAAUUGCAUUGAUCCUCUUGGAAGAACUGCUCUCCUCAUUGCAAUUGAAAAUGAGAACUUGGAGCUCAUCGAACUACUUUUAAGCUUUAAUGUCUAUGUUGGAGAUGCUCUAUUACACGCUAUUAGGAAAGAAGUUGUUGGAGCUGUUGAGCUGUUACUGAAUCACAAAAAGCCCAGUGGAGAAAAACAGGUGCCUCCCAUACUCCUUGAUAAGCAGUUCUCUGAAUUCACUCCAGACAUUACACCAAUCAUUUUGGCAGCCCAUACAAAUAAUUAUGAGAUAAUAAAGCUUUUAGUUCAGAAAGGAGUUUCGGUGCCCAGACCCCACGAGGUCCGCUGUAACUGCGUCGAAUGCGUCUCCAGUUCAGAUGUGGACAGCCUCCGCCAUUCACGCUCAAGACUCAACAUCUACAAGGCCUUGGCCAGCCCCUCUCUCAUCGCACUGUCAAGUGAAGACCCUUUCCUCACAGCCUUUCAGUUAAGUUGGGAGCUUCAGGAACUGAGUAAGGUGGAGAACGAAUUCAAGUCGGAGUAUGAAGAGCUGUCCCGACAGUGCAAACAGUUUGCUAAGGACCUAUUGGAUCAGACAAGGAGCUCCAGAGAACUGGAAAUCAUUCUUAAUUACAGAGAUGACAGUAGUCUCAUAGAAGAACAAAGCGGAAAUGAUCUCGCAAGACUAAAAUUGGCUAUAAAGUACCGGCAAAAAGAGUUUGUUGCUCAGCCCAACUGUCAACAACUGCUUGCAUCUCGCUGGUAUGAUGAGUUCCCGGGCUGGAGGAGACGACACUGGGCAGUGAAGAUGGUGACGUGUUUCAUAAUAGGACUCCUUUUUCCCGUCUUCUCUGUGUGCUACCUUAUAGCUCCUAAAAGCCCACUGGGACUGUUCAUCAGAAAGCCCUUUAUCAAGUUCAUCUGCCAUACAGCGUCCUAUUUGACUUUUUUGUUCCUGCUGCUGCUUGCCUCUCAGCACAUCGACAGGUCAGACUUGAACAGGCAAGGUCCACCACCAACCAUCGUCGAGUGGAUGAUAUUACCGUGGGUCCUGGGUUUUAUAUGGGGAGAAAUUAAACAAAUGUGGGAUGGUGGACUUCAAGAUUACAUCCAUGAUUGGUGGAAUCUAAUGGAUUUUGUGAUGAAUUCCUUAUAUUUGGCAACAAUCUCUUUGAAAAUCGUUGCAUUUGUAAAGUACAGUGCUCUGAAUCCACGAGAAUCUUGGGACAUGUGGCAUCCCACUCUAGUGGCUGAAGCUUUAUUUGCCAUCGCAAACAUCUUCAGUUCCCUGCGCCUGAUCUCACUGUUUACUGCAAAUUCUCACCUGGGGCCUCUGCAAAUAUCUCUGGGAAGAAUGCUCCUGGACAUUUUGAAGUUCCUAUUCAUAUACUGCCUUGUGUUGCUAGCAUUUGCAAAUGGCCUAAAUCAAUUGUAUUUCUAUUAUGAAGAAACAAAAGAGUUAAGCUGUAAAGGCAUACGAUGUGAAAAGCAGAACAAUGCAUUUUCAACGUUAUUUGAGACACUCCAGUCCCUAUUUUGGUCAAUAUUUGGGCUCAUCAAUUUAUAUGUGACCAAUGUCAAAGCACAGCAUGAAUUCACUGAGUUUGUUGGUGCCACGAUGUUUGGGACAUACAAUGUCAUCUCUCUGGUGGUCCUACUCAACAUGUUAAUAGCUAUGAUGAAUAAUUCAUACCAACUCAUUGCUGACCAUGCAGAUAUAGAAUGGAAGUUUGCUCGAACAAAGCUUUGGAUGAGUUAUUUCGAAGAAGGAGGUACUCUGCCCACUCCCUUCAAUGUCAUCCCGAGCCCCAAGUCUCUCUGGUACCUGAUCAAAUGGAUAUGGACACACCUGUGCAAGAAAAAGAUGAGAAGAAAGCCUGAAAGUUUUGGAACAAUAGGGAGGCGAGCUGCUGAUAAUUUGAGAAGACAUCACCAGUAUCAAGAGGUUAUGCGGAACCUGGUGAAGAGGUAUGUUGCCGCAAUGAUUAGAGAUGCCAAAACUGAAGAAGGUCUGACUGAAGAGAACUUUAAGGAACUAAAGCAAGACAUUUCUAGUUUCCGCUUUGAAGUCCUGGGGUUACUAAGAGGAAGCAAGCUCUCUACCGUCCAGUCGGCUCAGGCCACAAAGGAGUCCUCCAACUCUGCGGACUCGGAUGAAAAGAGUGACAACGAAGGCAGCAGCAAAGACAAGAAAAAGAACUUCAGCCUUUUCGAUUUAACCACCCUGAUUCACCCGCGAUCGGCAGCGAUUGCCUCCGAAAGACACAACAUCAGCAAUGGUUCGGCCCUAGUGGUGCAAGAGCCCCCAAGAGAGAAGCAGAGAAAAGUGAACUUUGUGACCGAUAUCAAAAACUUCGGGUUAUUUCACAGACGGUCAAAACAAAACGCUGCCGAGCAAAAUGCAAACCAAAUCUUCUCUGUUUCAGAAGAAGUUGCUCGUCAGCAGGCCGAAAGACCACUGGAGAGAAAUAUUCAACUGGAAUCCCGAGGGUUAGCUUCGCGGGGUGACUUGAACAUCCCUGGUCUCAGUGAACAGUGUAUCUUAGUAGACCAUCGAGAAAGGAAUACGGAUACCCUGGGUUUACAGGUGGGCAAGAGAGUGUGUUCCUUCAAGUCGGAGAAGGUGGUGGUGGAGGACACUGUUCCAAUAAUACCAAAGGAGAAGCACGCAAAGGAAGAGGACUCCAGUAUAGACUAUGAUGUAAACCUCACGGACACAGCCACCCACGAAGAUUAUGUGACCACAAGAUUGUGAUACUUGAAGGAGGGAGCGUUGAUCAUACAUAUACAUAUUUUCCAUAGUGCCCUGGGUAGGGGGAGAUGUUUAAAGUAAAUUAGCAAAUGCUAACUUACACUUCAUAGCAUUUAUCAACUGUCGCAUAUUAACGUGUAACCUGUUUAAAUAAGGCAAAGGCUAUCAAAAACCCUGGUUUCAUAGCCAGCUUUUGCUUUCACAAUUUGUUUUACCUUUUUUUUUUUUUUUGGUUAAUAAAUAAACGCACCUUGUAUUCUUGUACUAUUGCAAUAAUCCACAGGAAAUUUUUAGCUCUCUUUUUCAACUAAAACAAAUGCAACUUAUUUCAUGUGGUAGUUGACUCCUAUAGUAGGUAUUUUUAUAUGCAGAAAAACAAUGCAGCUGAAAUAUUAGAGCUUUUCAUAAUUUGGGGGGAUCUCUAGAGAUGGUUACACAUCAAGGACUUUUCGGGCAGCCCUACAAUUUGGCUUUAAAACACAAAUAUUACCAAAUUAUUUCUGAACAUGUAAAUACAGCACAGAUUAAAGCAAGCAAGCCUUCUUUUCAUGGAGUCGUGAUCAAACCCCCUCCUAAAAUGAAAAGCAGGUAUACUUUGGAGUUUUAGGAUGCCCACUUUUUCAUUUCAGUAAGUAAAAUAAAUGUUUGUCUUAAUAAAUAUUGGUGAUUGAUGAUUUUUAAUGAGAUUUUGUCAUGAAGAAAGUUUUAUUUCAGGUUUUUUAAAAUGACCUUUUUCAGGUUGAGUUGCUAGUCAGUAUAAAUAUGAGGCUUUAUGAAUAACAGAAUUUCAAAAUGUGGCAAAAGUUCUCAGUGCUAGAAAAGAAUAACAAUAAAUUAGAGUAGGUAAUGCUCCUUAAACAAAGCAAGAUGUUACAUUCUCAUAAGAUCCAUAAAUUCAUUCUAAACUCUAAAUCUAAGCAAAGUUAAAUUCUAUUUCAAUCAGUGCAAUAUUAUUGCCAAUUCAAGAAAAAUACAGAAUCCUAAUGGUUUCCUCUUCUUUCCUCCAGUGACUGGUACAUAUUUCUUUAAAAUUAAGAUUUCCAAAAAUCAUUAUUAAUUUUAGCAGUAGAUAUAGAUAUUAAGUUUUCCCCAUAGGAACAACAUUCUUAAUUACUUGUUUCUUCUGUUGUUGUCAAAGUAAUUUAUCUUAUAUUCAUUCACUGGACCACUAAAAAGAAAAUGUUUUCACCUGAUAUAAAAAGGCACUGGCAACUUCUUAAAGUUUAAAUUAUGUAACUUGUGUCUAUAUAAGCCACCAUAGAAAUAGAAGUUCCUUCACCACAUGCAAUAAGCAUUUAUUUCAAAUCAAUAGAAAAAUGAUGAGUUCAUUUUACUUCAGAAAUUACCUCCACAGACUAGACAAAUGGUACAUAAUUUAACAUUGACCCCAAAUUGCAUACUAUUACAAAACCCAGUGUCUGGGGGCGGCUGGGUGGCUAAGUCGGUUAAGCGUCCGACUUCGGCUCAGGUCAUAAUCUCGCGGUUUGUGAGUUCAAGCCCCGUGUCAGGCUCUGUGCUGACAGCUCGGAGCCUGGCACCUGUUUCAGAUUCUGUAUCUCCUCCUCUCUCUGCCCCUCCCCUCUGUUCAUGCUCUGUCUCUCCGUUUCUCAGUAAUAAAUAAACAUGAAAAAAAUUUUGAAAAAACACCCCAGUUUCUGAUUACCAUACAUCAAAAAUAAGGAAUAACAGCAAUAACAAUGCCAGCCACCGUUCUAUAUGCAACACGUGUAUUUACACAUAUGUACUACUUACAACAGUGGUGUGAAGUAGCUACUGUUCUUAGCCCACUUUAUAUUUGAAGAAAACUGAGACAAGCACUAAGUUCACAGUUAGUGAUGGAGCUAUGACGGGUCCUUCAGGGCCAAGCCCUUAACCACUACAUGUACUGCCUCUCACAACAUAAACAGACCAAGCAAAAAAUGUGUACCUAUCGGGCUUACUAUUGAUUGCUGCUUCUGAAAUGGUGCAUUUUGAGAGAGAAUGAGUGUGGAGUUUGCCCCAUAAAUGUGUUCCUCUUGUAAAGUAAGAGGAAUGCAUAUAAUUAAAGAUAUAUGGGAUUCAUUAGACUCAUAUUAUAGAAGUUAGUAGGUUUAAAAAAACAUAUUAGGUAUGGGACAUCAGAAUUCAACUUGGAAUAUUAGAUUUUAGUUUCCAAAUAAGCCACAACCCGGAGGCACUGAGUUUACUGCUCUUUCCCAAAUCUGGUUUUGUCCGAGAGAUAUAGGAAUGGGCCUGGUAGGUUUGGAGAAGCACAAAAAGGCUAAUGAAUGUUCUCAUUGCCUCAAGCACAUUCAUUUAUGUUAGAACGAGUGUGUUAGAACUCACAAUAAGCCCUGGGGAUAGUGAAACACCCAAACUGUUCUAAGUCAGACAGACAUAUAUUCUGCAGAGAAACCUAGACCUGUUCUCAGUAUUUGGAGUAUGUUCCAAUGAUUCUGUUCUGCUUCUGUUGUUCAUGUUGUUUCUUCGAAAGUAAAAAUCGGAUACAUCACCAUUAUACAUACUUUACCAGAAUUUAAUUUCAAAUGUCCUCUGUUUCUUCAAAUGACACCAACAACAAUAAAAACAAAACAAAGCAAAAUUUUCCCAGGAGUUUAUUUAUAUCAAGGGUUAGGGUGCUGAUGUUUUAAAGGUAAACAUGGUGACAACAGAGGGACUUGCUUGGAGCCAGUAACACCACACUUUGCAGUGCUCCGAAAAUGAUGGUUUUUAACGACCCUCUGUCAGAUGCCACUGACAGAUGAUGCAUCUAUGAGUUUAAACAAAAUAUUGAAUACUGUUAGUACAAUGUGUCCUAGAAGUGAACAUUAUUCUGAAUAUGCAGUGAUGUUAGGUAGCAUUAAUGAAGAUGAACAGUAGGGAAAGAAUGAGAAAACAUAAAACAGCAGGAUUUCAAAUAGAAGGAUAGUUUUUGAAGUCUCUAAAUGAGUAAUUUGGGGUUUUCUUUUCAUUUCCAUUCAUAUUUCUAUGAACAUAAACUCCUAAACACAAAAGAGAGGUUUCAUAUCAUACCUUGUAUAAAUAAUGUUUCUUAUGUUUUGUGUCCUGUUGACCUUGCUAUUAGUUGCUUACCUUCACUUAUUUAUUCAUAGCCAGGGUUAAGUGGAAAAGUGUCUAGAAAAUUCAGUUAACUCUAAUAGAACUAGGUUAUACUCACAGCACUUCACUUAUCAUGUAUUUUGGAAAACCCAUUUUUAAGAAAAAAAUGCUAUGAAGAUGGACCUCUUUAUUUGUGAUAGAUGUUUUCCUGAAAAUAUCUGUGUUAAUAAUUCUGUAUUAACUGCAGUAGGGAACUGGUUACGUAAAAAAAGAAAACAUGGUAGUGAAAUAUUUUGUAAAAUGAUGAAUUAUUUUUCAAAGUGAUAAUCAUGCUCUAAAAUGUAACUGUUUCAUAAGUUGGAUAUUUGUAUAUCAAAUUUUCUUAAAUUAGAUAUUUUAUUUAUUGGCUGGCAAUUAAACUACUGCAAAAGCAUA